CUCCCGAUCUCGCCGACGGAAUCAUCGACGGAAUGCCGGCGGGGUCCUGCGUCCGAAGGGGGCCGCCGGGGAUAUAACCCCCACCAGUUCCGUCCAGCUCCCUUCGUCUCCAUCACCAUCCGCCCCCAAUGUCCUCGCGAUCGCUUUCGGUCUGGGCCAUCGCCCUCCUUGCUGUCCUGGCUCAUUCAUGGUCCGCCUGGGCCUCUGUCUGCAGCCCCAGUGCCAUGCCCGCCGGCAUCAUUCCAAACGCUACGCUUGUCUCGCAGAGCCAGAGCUGGGUCAACAAUAAUCAGAACAUCAUCACGAUCUAUGGCACCGUCGAGAUCCUCGAUGGAUGCACUUUCAUCGUCCACAACUUCACCUUCCUCCAGGCCCCCGAGUCGUACUGGUACGGCGGCAUGGUCGGCAACACCUCGGCCGCCCAGGUCGUCGACACCCCUGUGUCUUCGCAGCUCGGCCCGGGCGACUCUCCCAAGUUCCAGCUGACGACCGCCGCCGGCCGCGCUGUUUCUUUUGCCGACUUCAACGAGCUCCGUCUGUUCGUUCCUGCCUCAUCGCAGCUGGUUGCCUCUGCCGUCAUCUGGAAGGCUGUGGCUACCUCGUCCGCCGCUGCUCCGGCGACCUCGAGUACUUUGUCUCCCUCUGGCUCCAGUGCCGCUUCGCCAUCCACCUCCGCUGGUUUCAAAACGGCCAUCUCAUCGCAGUUGUGGGCCUUCGCCGUGCUCUCCGCCUUGGCCGGUGUCUUCUUGAUCAAGUAGAAACGCCAGAGAGCCACUUGAUCACUAUAUCCCCGCAUCGUUGGUACCGCACGAGCAUCCUGCAAAUACAUCAACC